UUUCUCAUGUUUAUUUUAAUGGUCUGAUGUAAUAUUCUAAUUUUAAAUGUCACGUUAGCUUUGAGGGGGGGUAAAAAUCCUAAUAACUAGCAGACAUCCAUCAGUGUGCUACAUUGUGAUAAAAGUCCUCGGUUAAAUACAAAUGAUCAAAUUGAAUAGCUCAUUACAUACAAGCACGUACAAAAAAAUUGAGUACAAGAUGAAAACACGAGCUUCAAUAUCUUUGAAUGCCUUAAUACAACUAAAACGCCAAGGAACACAAAUGCAUUUUACAUAAUUGAGAGAUGAAAAUGUUUAUUUGGUGAGCUGUGAAGUUACGCGAACGUUUCAUUCCACUCUCGCGAGAUUUCCGGAUUACGUUUACGGAAGUUUAUAUUUUUAUUGGGAAAACGUGCAGACUGUGCCAUUUGUCUUCUAAAAACCGGUUGUCGUCUCUUUUACAUGCUCGGCACUAUCAGCCUAACUCAUAAACAAUGUCUACCACUUUGAUUCAGGCGGUACUGAGCAGCUCUCCUAAUUACGAUAUUUUGUUUGAAUCUCUUUGCUGGCCGGAGGAUUCGUGGCCGCAGACGGAGCGUGUUGAGGCGCUCACUGCUCUCAUCGAAGCUCUCGGACCGUUUCUGACCGACUCAGAUUCGGUUCAGACUUCACUGACAGGUGUAAACAAAAGGGGCAUUCGUGACAAAACUGAGUCGGUCAUUUGGUCGAAAUGUCUGCCAUUUCUUUGCAGACUCUCAGCAGAAGCGAGUGAUGAUACGCGCUGCAGAGAGAGCACAGCCUCUGUCUGCAGAUUGCUCGCUGCCUCCGUGGGUGUGUGCGGGGAAAAAGUACGGACUAGAGUGGUUUCAUCCAUCCUGCCGUCGUUACAGCGGAUGUCAGAGGAGGAGCCGCUUGCGCCGGGGGCUCUCGGCGUGCAGGUUGCUGCUGAAGUCCUGGCUGCUCUCAUGCCUCUUCUUACAGCGGACGAAGAACUCACACUCGACACUUUAAACUGUGCGCUGUCCUCUGUCAGAUCACUCCCCGAUGACCUGGUAUCCAAAGUGAUGGUCAGGAUCAUUUUAACUUCGCUCAAUUGCUGCAGCGAUGCGAGCUCCAACUUCAUCCUCAAGCGCGUCCUGGAUGAUGUUUGCAGCUGGCACUCCACGGAGCGAACAGCGGUGGUCACAGAGAGGACGCUGCUGUGUUUGACCGUCCUGUCAGACCAUCUCCUGAAAUUUCACAUCGCCCCCUCCUCCGAGUGCCGCGAGGCCGACCCACGUCUGCGUCCUCAGUUCUGGGUAAUUUGUCAGGACGGACUGACGCACAGGGACAGCGUGUCACGCAAGAGGGCACUGUACCUGUUGAAAAGAUGCGCAGCGUUAUCCGAAGAGGAGGGCUUUGAUUCCCGUUCUACAUCAGAGGAUGGAGAGACAUUGUUUAAAUGGGUCCCCAGUAAAAGCAAACCGCUGAGGGAGUUCUGGGAGGACUACACUCUGGUGAUGGAAACGCUGGAGGAGAAUCAGGUUCAUGUUGUUCGACCAGUUUUAAACAGAAUUGACACGUUAAUCCAAGCAACAGUGAAUGAUAGUGAAGGGUCAGGCCUGUUCCACCCGUCCUGGCUGCUGUGUGUGUACCAGCGCAUGUUCCACAGUGAGAAUAAAUCCUUAAUGAGAGAAGGAGUGUGCCAUCUGCUUCAGCUGCAGAUUCUUCAGCAGCCAGCCUUUGCAGCAGCAUUUUCUCAGUUUGUCGUGGGUUCCUUCAUGAAUGUUCUGUCUGAAACGUCCCUUUUCUGUAGAUCACCAGGCCAGAGUGUAGGAGACUGUCCUGAGCUGGCGGUUAAACUCCAGGCCUUCCUGGUCACCUUCUUCACAAGCCUGCCAUUGGAGGACAGAGGUUCUGUUUUGUUUCAGCUGAUUCAGCAGCUCAGCUCCAAGCACUGGUGCGCCGUACCGCUCCUCUUCGUCUGUCAGGCUUUUUCACAUCUCCCUCCAUGUCCUUUGCUGAACAUCAGCGGCCUAUCUGCUCUACGGGAGGUGCUACGCUGCACCAUGAUCACUCAUCAAGUUCUGCUAAGAGGAGCUGCACAGUGUUUUUUGCUAAAGAGCGCCCUCUCUCUGACAGAUGUGAGUGAAGUGACUGUAGAUGACUUAUUUAGUUUCCUGGUGCAUUUUCGUGCUGAUGAGUCUUUGUGUAGGGGGACAGAGCUAUGGAAUGAGUUGUGCAUCUGGUUAUUGGAACAUGAAUGCAGUUUCAAGUCCAGAAUUCUGGACAGCGAUUUCACCGAUGAUCCCACACAAAAAGAAAGCAUAAGAGCCUAUGUUCAACAAGAGGUACUUGCUUAUCUUCGUGUUCCAGCAAGCACAGGUCAGGCAGAACGGUUACCUGACUCUAGAGAGGCUGAUAAGUUGGCAAGAGCCCUUCUGCUGUGUGUGGACAUGGAGAGGAGGCGACUGGGAGGACAAACCAGUAAAAUUCUGGGUUCAGUGCUGUCUCCGCUUCUGGACACCCUGAGCAGAGUCUACGCCAAUAUCUACCUUCCUGUCCGUAAGAGUGACAAAGGUCUGCAGCUCCUGCUUAGACUGCUGCAGCUUGGGACGAAGCCAUGUGGUCAGCAAAAAGAAGUGGAAGAGGAUGAGGUGAUGUUUGCCAUUGAACAAACCUUUCUUAAACUUGUUGACCCAGUCCAGGAUUUUAUCCUGAGGAGGCUGUGUGGGGAGCUGCAGGAGCUCUUUGACGUUGAACGGGCCGAGCUGUAUCUGUGUGUCCUGAGGCAGCUGGUUGUUAUGUGCAGCUCAUCAUCUCACUACCACAAGGACAUCCAGCAGUUUGCUUUCCUCAAACUCAUAAAGUACAGCCUUUCAGUUUUGCUUGAGCCAACCCAACAGGUCCCAUCUGUGGCCAAUCAGGUGUCCAAGGCUGUCAGUAUGGCUUCUUUGGCUGCUGUGUGUGAGCUCUUGCAGCAAGGAGGAAUUGGUAUGAGUGCAGAUACUGGUUCUGCCCUGAAGUCCAUGAAUGAUUAUUUCUACACUUUGAGGACUUCCUCACAGUGUCUGUCAUCUCUUGGAAACAUUAACAAAUCCUUGAUGAAACCACAGCUAUUAGGUAGUUCAAGUGACCUUGAAUCUCAAGGCCUCCUGCAACAGGACUGGGGACGCAUUGCUGCCAACUUCUUGCGGGACCAGUGGAUUUGCCUAAAUUUCCUGAUUAGGACUGUAGGGAUUAAAGCAUCUGUAGAAAUUUCCCAAGUGUCCGAGACCCUCAGAGCUGCUCUGAGUUGCAGCAUUGAGGCCCUGGCUCUGCUGCCCAGUGACCUUGUGCUGCCCGUACUAAACUUCAUGAACGCGCUGCUGCCACAAUUGGUACAGGAUCAGGAGGACCUCUGUGUGCAGGCGGUCACUCUGAGUUGGGAGCUUGUACAGGGGCUUAGCACAAACGCUCAUGACUUUUGGCCAGCACUAAAGGGCUUCAUCUCCAUGGCCUUCCAGCACAAACUCCUGCAGCUGACACAUGAUCAGGCUCCGAUUCUCACGACUGCACUGAAAAAGAUUUUCACAGACUUGUUGGAGCUGUCUCAGUCGAAGAGCGGUGUCUUCGGUGUGCUACUUCAGCACUGCUGUCAGACCUGGCUGCCCAAUGACCCAGGCAGCAGGGAUCAGGCUGCUGUUGUGUUCUCUAGUGUUUUUAACCACCUGGAUAUAGUCACUGAGGCCUGUGUUUAUGGACCAGUGUUCAGGAGAGAUCAACGACUCGUCCUGGAUGUCCAGAUAUAUGUAGAGAAACUUGGUGCAACGUGUGCCUCUAAUGUUGCAGUUGCGAGUGAUAUCAGGGAUGAUCAGCUGCCCCGCAUAUGUGUGCUGACAUUUCUUAGCCGCCUGGAUCCUUCUGAUCAGCAGCAUCAGAGACUCAUGGAGGAAUUAGUGAUGGAGCUGCUGAGAAAGGACAGCCUCAUAUCAAAGUCCAAAGUCCGUUCCUAUGGUAACUCCCUGCAGCAUCGGGUCAAAAACAGAGCAUGGCAAACACUGCUGCUGUUGCUUCCCAAACUCAAAGAGGAAUUUGUUGCCACUCUGGUGAACCACGUCUUUGAAGCUGGAUUUUGCAGCAACCAGGCCUCAGUGAAGUACCUGAUUGAAUGGAUGAUGAUUCUUGUUCUUGUCAAGUAUCCGCAUCAUAUUGACAAAUUCUGGAGCUGCUUCAACUUUGAUCACGAAAAGACCAAGACGAGCAUCUGCACAUUCCUGUCUGUCCUGGUUCACUUCAGUGUCAUCAUCCCACAUGUUGAGGAUAAGCUCGGGCAGCUGCGUAGAGCUCUGGAUGUCAUCCUGCAGUCGUGUUUCAACCACAACUUCAGCGUGCGCCUGUAUGCUUUACUGGCAUUGAAGAAGGUGUGGAGCCUCGCAGAGGAGGAGGAAGAGAAUGAUGAAGCUUUCAAGGGGCUGUCUUCUGUGGUGACAGCCUGUCUGAACCAGGCCGAGGCCAUGCAGAGAACCGGAAAUGCCAAUAAGAACUGGCUGAGGAUUCAGGGACACUUCUUUUUCGGAGCCUUUCAUCCCAUAAGGGAUUACAGCAUGGAGACCAUAUUUCACACUUUUCCCAGUCUGUCAGAGUUGGCCGACGAUGAGUGGAUCCCACCGUGGAAGUUUGAAAAGCUGUCAUCCUUUCCUAAAAAUCUGUUAAUCCCAUUGAGGAAUUCUGCUCCUGAGUUGGGCCAGCUCCAGGCUGGAGAUUGGAUCCAGCAAGAUCGAAGCGAGCAGGAUAAAGAGGAUCGCUGGUCUGAGGUGCAGAAGAAGAUCACACCCUGGAGGUCGGGGGUCAACGAUCAGGAACCCGAAUUGAAGCUGGUUCCGGCUCAGCGGGCAGCUCGGCUGGGCAAACAGCACGGCAGCCUGCUGGUGGUGGCCUCCUUGAUUGACAAGCCCACUAAUUUAGGAGGUCUCUGCAGAACAUGUGAGAUAUUUGGGGCGAGCGGUCUGGUUCUGGACAGUCUGCACCAUCUUAAUGACAAACAUUUCCAGUCCCUGAGCGUUUCAGCUGAGCUUUGGCUUCCUUUGCUAGAGGUGAAGCCCGUGGAGCUCACUCAUUUCCUCCAGGUAAAGAAGAGCGAAGGUUACUGUAUUGUUGGAGUGGAGCAGACUGCUAAUAGUCAGAAGCUCCAGGACUUCAAGUUCCCUGAAAAAACUCUGCUACUUCUGGGCAACGAGCGGGAAGGUAUUCCUGCCAAUCUUCUCCAGAUGUUGGACGUGUGUGUGGAAAUCCCUCAACAAGGGAUCAUCCGCUCACUCAACGUCCACGUGAGCGCUGCCCUAUUGAUCUGGGAAUAUACGCGGCAGCACCUCACCUCCGGAUCACAAGAAGUCCACUCAGAUUGCAGCUGAAGAAGAAGAGGAUGCAGACAUGGCAACACAGCCGAUGUCAAACCUAAACGAACUUAUACACAGUUUGUGUGUUUAAAGGACCAUCAGAUUUUGCAUGUUGUGUGUGACCCAAAGUCCUGUCAGGGUUCAGUCUGGUCAGCAGGCAUUUUAUGUUUUAGUAAGAUCCCUAAGACAGUCAGGGUCAGUUAUUUUAUCUAAAUAUUGCUUAUCAUAAAUGAACAGAGAUUUUAUAUAUUUUGACAGAACUGCUGUAUAAGAAGGCAUUUGUUGCUCAGGGCAGGAAGUUGUAUAUGGACUUUGUUCUAAUGUCAAACUAAGUAACAUAUUUCUCUAUUUACUAGUUUUUGCUAUAUUGUCUAUGCUCUAAAUGUUUUUUUUUUCUUUUUUAAAUCAAGUCAUACUUUUUAUAUUAAAAUAAACUAACCUUUUUUCACACUUGA